UAUCGUUGAACACUUUAAAAUCAAAAAUAAAUUUUUUGUAAUUAUUUUAUUUUAUAUAUUUUAAGUUAAAUCUAUGCAUUUUUAAAAUGUCGUAUAACAUAUCAGCCUCAGCCAUUAAAAAUUUAGACCAUGAAUUGGAUGAAAUCAGGGUAAGAACAUUAAAACACAUAGAAGGCAAAAUAUUACGAGCAUUCCAGCAAGAUGCUACUAUUGAUAUGAAUUCUGGUAAACUUAUGAGCAAGCUGAUUAAUUGGUUUAACAAAAAGCCUUUAUUGGAAGUAGAAACCGUCUUAAAUUUAAUUUUAACAAUUUUAAAAAGUGAAUUCAUUCAUGAAACUGUGAAAUUCUUAAAAAAGAGUACGCUGGAAAAAGAAGUCAAUAAAAUCUAUGAAAUUGUUAAAUCAUCAGCUUUUUAUAAAGAAAUUGUACAAAAUAUAAAAGAGUUAUUAGAAAAUUAUGAAGAAUUUGAAAAAUACACUGAAAACGACACCAGCAGUUUAAGUCUUCCGGUUACAGGUUGUAGUUCAGAUAAUAUUUCCAUUCAAGAAUUAGGAUCAGAAAACAAUGAUAUUUUGAGUGAAUAUGAACAAGCUUGGUCGACACCUAGCAGACCAGACUUAAAUCAAAUGAAUAUGAUAUUCAAUUCUUUAUCAACUAUCAGUACAUAUGAAGAAGUAAAGAAUGGAUUAGAAUAUUUUAAAACAGCUGUAAAUGAUUAUCCUGUUGAAUAUUUUUUGCAACCUCCAUAUAUUGUCAAAAAUAUGAUCAAGCUAUAUUUUCAAGAAAAGAAAUUUGCUAAAUUGUUAAUAUUAAAUUUCAAUUAUUUAAGUGAGGCUAUUAAAUGUAGAAUUAGAAAACGGGUUCUUUCAGAAUGCUACGAUCCUACUUGGAAAGAAAAUACAUCUACUAGUUGUAAAAUACAGAUCUCUUUACCGCAAUUUUGUGUUGAAAUAUUAAAAUUAAGUGUAGAACAUUUAAAAGCAUUUGAUGAUGCUAUUGAUCAGAAUGAAAUAUUUGAUGUGUACCAACUUAUAAUGAUUAUAUUUGAAAUAAUGGAACUUGUUGAGUAUAAAAAGAAUGCAUCUUUAGCUUCAAUAAAAUCAAUUUUAAUAGACUUAGGAAUUUUGGCCAGAUUUUAUAGACAAGAAAAAAUGUAUAGAACUUAUCGAAUACAAUACAUUUAUAUAAUUUCAAUAAUUGCAAAAUUAGUUAAGCAAGUAAAUCAUCAAAAUGAAAAUAUAUACAAAAAAUCCAUAGAUAUAUGGCAUAUAGAGUUAGAGAACGCAAUUUUAGACUUUCCUUUGCGGCAAUUUUAUCCUCUGAUCUAUAACCAAGUGGAGGAAGCUGUAGAGAACCACAUUAUGCUUAAACCUCAAUUAAAUGCUAUAUUAAAUUGUCAUAUGAAUUUUACCGAAGCUAUUGAUAUUUUGAAAAGACCAGAAGAAAAAACUGAUGUAGAGUUUAUUCAGAUAGCUCUUAAAGCUUUAGACACUUUAUCAAUCCACGUAAGUUUAGGUUUUGUGCGGAAGAUAAUUAAAUCUAUAUCAAGUUCAAUUUAUUUGUUUGAUGGUAAGCCAGAUUUAAAGUCAAUCUCCGAAGAAAUUGUGUUACGUUUACUAGCUCAUGAAAACGUCAAUGUUCAAAGGGUUACAUACCAAGAAAUUUCAAAUAACAUGAAGAAAUCCUUUGGUUGUUUAAUGAAUGGUAACGUCAAUAUCCGAAAUUUCAGUUCUAAUCUGAGUUGUCCCAAAUCAUUGGGAAUUCCUCUUACAUCUGAAAUUAUAUCGGAAAUUAUAUGUUUCGGAUAUUUUCAUCAAGAAACCAGAAUAAGCAAAAAUGCAGAAAUUAUAUUAUCCUUAAUAUUGAAAGGAAAAGAUAUUUUGGGUUCAAGUUGGAAUAAUAUAUUACAAAUUUUAAUUCCAAACUUUCCACUACUGCAAACUUUAGCAAACUGUGAUGAAAAUUUUGGAAAACUGAUUUUAGAGCUUUUUAACCCAGACAAUGGUUUGGAUACACAUGAACUACUAAAAGGAAACUUACGUUUUCUUUUUUCAACUAAUUAUAAGAUUCGGUCCGAAGCAGUUUCACGUUUAGUAUAUAUUCUAGCGAAAGAUCCGAUGCAAUAUGAUUUUUUGCCAAAUAUUUCCGAAAUAUCUGAUAUUAUUCCGGAUAAUAUAUGUUAUAUUCAAGUACCAAGAGACCCUGAAAAAAUUUUUUAUGGGGGCUUAUAUGAUUUCACUACAAUACCAGCAUUAUUAGAACUUCUUAAAAGUAGUGAUGUUGAGCCAAAUGUUCGUAAAACAUGUUUGAUGCAACUUAAUGUUUUAUGUCAAGAUAUCGACAUGAAUAAAAUUAUUUUUAAGGAUAACGGUUGGUAUUACAGCAUACAAGCUCUAGAAAAUUCUUUAAAGAAAAAUCCAACUGUGGAUUAUACCGACUCCUUAAUACCUGCUGUCGGUAUGCUGUCAAAAAUUCUUCUUUGUAAUGCUUUUCUUCGCAAUGAGCUUUCGGGUGAAAGCAAUAUUUAUUUAUUAUUAUUAAGAUCUUUGUUCCUGUUUUAUAAUGAUAUAACACUGCAACAAGAUGCAGUAAUAACUUUGUUUUUGUUGUUAUAUAACCAUCAUAUUGUGGGUGGAGAAAAGAAAAUUUCGGUACCAAUAAUUUUGAAAAAGAUAAAUUUACCUUUGAAAAGCGAUUUUCAUUGGGAAGAAAGCAUAUAUAAAAAAGUAAGUUAUUUUGAGCAAAUUUUUUUGGAAAUAUCUGAAAACAACACGAAAAACAACAGCAAUUUUUCAAGCAACACUUUUUCAAAAACAAAAAAACCCUACUCUGAAAGCGAACGUUUUUCAAGUAUUCCACUGAGUCGAAGAACAGAGCCAAUAUAUAGUGUAGUUAGAGAAAAACAACCAAAUGAAAAUGAAGCUAUCUUGCAGUUUAUAAGAUACAGUUUUUCUACUAUAUGGUUUACAAAUUUUGAGGAAAUGCACAAAAAUAUUAUUUUAAAUAAAUUGAAUAAUGACAAUACUACGUUGGAUUAUACGGAUUUUCCUGAAAACUUUAAUGAAACUUCGAAUGGCAUAAUAGAGUUUCAGGAUAUUUUAGAUUUUAAUUCAAAUUUGAAAAUUAAUAGUGAAGAUAUACGUUUAAUUAAAAUAACCUCACCUCAAGAUAAUGUAAGAAAAUUUUUGAAGAAGAUUUCCAAUGAAACAACAGAAAAUGAUUUUUUGAAAAAAUUGGCUGAAUUUCGAUUUUGUUUGUUUUUGGGAUCUUAUAGCAUUUUGGACGGUAAUGAGGUGAUAAAAACAUUUCAAAGAUUUUUGAUUGUUAAACCAAGCAGUACUGGAGAUCAUAAAAUUUUUCAAAAUAUUGUUGAUCUGUUCCAUUACUUAAUUAAAUUAGAAAAUGAAAGCAUUAUAUUAUGGAUAUUAAAAGAAUUUAGUGAACAGAAUUGUGUUAUUUUACAAGUUUUGAAGGACUAUAAUGUUCCAAGAACGUUGUAUGACAGCGUAUGUGAACUUAUAGAAACUAUAAUAAAUUUUUGUUCUACUAAAGCUAAUAACAAUAAAAUACAGGAAUAUGCUUUAUAUACCACUGAAACAAGUUCAAAAAAAUACUAUUCUAAUAUUUAUAAUAAACUUUUUGAAAUUGUAAUACCAAUAGCUGAAGAAUGUUUUCAUAAAAGAUAUUUAGACCAAGUUCGAAGUUUGUUAAAUUUAUUGCAAAUAAUUACAAAAACGGAAAAUAUCGAUAUAGAUUAUGGUUUUGCGACAAUCGUUAUUAAAAAGAUGUUAUAUUUUGUGAUGGCUUUAAAAUUAUUUACUCAAUGCGGGUCCCACUUAAAUAAAAACUGUUUGCUUAUCGUAGGAAAUUUGAUGAAUUGUUGCGAUGAGAUAAUGCUAGAUGAAAACCAUGUAAAACUGUUGUCGGGUUUGUGUAGUCAUGAGGAUUUUGAAAUAAGAGCUUUGUCAUGGGGAAUUUUAACAAAAAUUUCUAUUAGUUUAAAAGGAUCGCACUUAAUAGUAAAAGAAUUAUCAUAUUUGCCUGGUGGUUUUCAUGCUUGUUGCUUAAGUACUCUUCUUGAUAACAAUGAAAUCCCUUUAGUUCGAUUUGCAGCUGGAAUGCUGUUUUCAAACCUUUUAAGUCAUAAAAGUAAUGAUACAAAUGGAACAUGUUUACAUUUAUCCGUUGCUCCACUGUGUAUUGAAUUAGAACCAUCUCAGCAAAAUAAUGGACUACGUUUGAUUACAAAGUUAUUUUCUAAAUAUAGCUUUUAUUCAGCUAUUCAAGAAUCUAUUGAACAUAUUCAUAUUGCAAGAACAAUAAACAGUUUCAAGAUUCAAAAUAUAACAACUUGUAGUAUUAUUAAUGCUUAUUGCAGAAUUUUAAGUAAUUUCAUAGAUUUAUGCCCAGAAAGUGAAGUGGAAAUUUUUGAUAAUGAACCCUUCAUAAUCAGAAUUUUUAAUUUAAUAAAACUUAUACCAUCUUGUAUUACUGAUGAAUCGCUAUGGAUGUUCAGCGAAAUUUGUUUUAUAAUAAACAAAUUUCUAUCUUAUGAAAAUAUUACUUCAAUUAAAAAAAAUAUGUGCAGUGAUUAUGGUUUUAUAGUAGCUCUGAAUCAGUUACUAAAUUUAAAAUAUUUUGAAAAGAAAAAUCCAAGCCUGUUAAUAAAUCCCAUCCAAACAUUAAGAUUUUUAAUUAACGAUUCGAUAUUCUUUGAAAUAUUUUGUGAAAUACUUUCAAGUAAUGGAGCCUUAAAUAUAAUAGAAAUUAAUUUUGAAAAUGCAUCUUUAACACUCUUAAUAACAUUGUUAGCAAAAAGUUAUAGUUUUUCAACAAAUAGAUUUAAAACGAUUCCAAUAAUUUUUGAUUCCACUGAAUUAAAAACAUCUAAUCAAAUUUUUUAUGGAAGUGAACAGAUAUUUUACAGUGCUUCUUUACUUUUUAAUAAAUUAUUCCAGAAAAAAACAGAAGGUAAACUUUUUAAAAAGACUUUAGUAUGUGAGGCAUUAGCAGCGUUAUUAAGGACUUCUCCCGAAGUAAGAAAAUUUGCCCAUAAUGAAGAGUUUUUAAGUACGAUUCUUCACCAAAUUGAUUUAAUUUACGAAGAUAUUACAGUUACAUCUACUGAAUAUAUAAGAAAUCAUGGAGAUUCAAAGAAAAUUGCCAUCUUACGUCAUUUAACAAUUUUAUUUAGUAUAAUUUUGUACUGGUUCUCUUCAGACUGUUUAAAAAAUCAAACAGAAAUCGAAAAAUUAUCAAAAACUGCAUUGCAUACAUGGCAGUGGAUAAAUCAUUCUGAAUCGCUACGGGAAGUGUUUCUUAAAACGUUAGUAGUUUUAAGUAAAGAUUCACUUGAAGUUUGCAAGCAAUUUGCGGCAUCAAUAACAAGUUUUUCCAAUUCGAUUAUGCAACUCACUUGUAAAAUGGUAAUAGCUGAAACCAAUAAAAUUAGACAUCCCAAUAUAGAUUUUGGUAUAUUAGAACUAGGAUUAGGAAUUUUAACAAACUGUUGUACAUGUAUUGAAGGAAGAUUGCUUUUAGUGAAAAUGAAUCUUUUGGAUGUGAUAAGUAAUUUUCAUCCGAUGGAUGUUAAAAUUCAAAAGUCUUGGAAUGUUGUGACAAUAUAUUGGUUAGAAUUUUGGAGUACUUUUUCUAUAUAUCAAGAAGGAGCCGUAAUCAAGCACUUGUAUAUUUUGUGUUCAUUUAUAACUAAAACAAAAAAUAAGAUCCGAUUACUGUGCUUAAUAAUUUUACGAAAUAUGGCAUUCUUGCAAGCAAACGGACCCGGUCUUUUAUCAUCUCAGGACUUUCAAUAUGUAACUAGAGAUGUUUUGGAAAGUGGGAACGAACAUGAAAAAUUUAUUAUAGUAAUAGCAUUGUGGAAAUUAAUAUCAAAGAAUUUUAAAGCGAGACAUGUUGUUAAAAGUUGGGGUAUACCAAUGAAGUUGAAAAAUAUCCAACGUGAAAUUGAUAAAAAUGAUACAGAAAAUGAUUUAUAUAGUGCUAUUGAAAUUGUUUUAAAUAUCUUAAAGUAAUAUAUUUUUAAGAUUUUUUAAUGUUUAAUUUAUUCGAAUAACUUUAAAAUGUUAAUUUAUUGAUUAAAUAUAGAAAUAAAUUUUUAAGUUAUAUUGGUAUUAACCAUGCAUUUUAAAAAUAAUAUGCUGGGAUAAAUAAAGCUGUAAAUCCUUGUAAGUUGUAAUAUUAAGUGAGUACAUAUGCACUGAAGGUUUUAUAAGAAAUCAACUUUAUGUAGAUCCUGUUAUUAAAAUAUUUUGUUUUUAAGUUAACUUAUUAAGUACUGGUUAUACCAUAUAUAUAACAGAAACUGUGAAUAAUUUAGUGGAAGGAGCAAAAGUAAAUUUA